CAAGCAAGUUGAAACGUAUUCAGCGAGUUCAAGAAAAAAUCAAAACAAAUAUUUCCACACCAUGGUUUGCAAAGGUUGCGGAGCUAACUGCAAGUGCACGGACACCAAGUGCGGCGACAACUGCGCCUGCAAUCAGGACUGCAAGUGCGUGUGCAAGAAUGGACCCAAGGAUCAGUGCUGCAAGACCAAGUAGAUGGAUGGAUCGAAAAAUGAAAACCAAAAUAUAAAAUUUGGUAUCUUUAAAGAAGAAUGGAUCCCAGCUGGAUCUAUAGAUCGUAUAAAAAACCAAUAAAUAAAUGUAGGUCUCUCUAAACCUCAAA